AUGGACCCCCGCAAAGUGAGCGAGCUCCGCGCCUUCGUGAAGAUGUGCAAGCAGGACCCGAGCGUGCUGCACGCCGAGGAGAUGCGCUUCCUGCGGGAGUGGGUGGAGAGUAUGGGAGGUAAAAUACCACCUGCUACUCAUAAAACUAAAACAGAAGAAAAUAAGGCGGAAAAAACAGAUAGUAAGAAGGUGGAGGAAGACAUAAAGACAGAUGAACCAUCAAGUGAGGAAAGUGAUCUAGAAAUCGACAAUGAGGGUGUGAUUGAACCAGACACUGACGCUCCUCAAGAAAUGGGAGAUGAAAAUGUAGAGAUAACUGACGAGAUGAUGGAUCAGGCAAAUGAUAAAAAAGUGGCUGCCAUUGAUGCCCUAAAUGAUGGUGAACUACAGAAAGCCAUAGACUUGUUCACAGAUGCCAUCAAGCUGAAUCCUCGUUUGGCUAUUCUGUAUGCCAAGAGAGCCAGUGUCUUCAUCAAAUUACAGAAGCCAAAUGCUGCUAUCCGAGACUGUGAUAGAGCUAUUGAAAUAAAUCCUGAUUCAGCUCAGCCUUACAAGUGGCGAGGGAAAGCACACAGACUCCUGGGCCACUGGGAAGAAGCAGCCCAUGAUCUUGCCCUUGCGUGUAAAUUGGACUAUGAUGAAGAUGCCAGUGCAAUGCUGAAAGAAGUUCAGCCAAAGGCCCAGAAAAUCGCAGAACAUCGGAGGAAGUAUGAGCGGAAACGGGAAGAGCGAGAGAUCAAAGAAAGGAUGGAAAGGGUCAAGAAGGCUCGGGAAGAACAUGAGAAAGCCCAGAGGGAGGAAGAAGCCAGACGACAAUCAGGAGCUCAGUUUGGCUCUUUUCCAGGUGGCUUUCCUGGGGGAAUGCCUGGGAAUUUUCCUGGAGGAAUGCCUGGAAUGGGGGGCGGCAUGCCUGGGAUGGCAGGAAUGCCUGGGCUCAACGAAAUCCUUAGUGACCCAGAGGUCCUUGCAGCCAUGCAGGAUCCAGAAGUUAUGGUGGCCUUCCAGGAUGUGGCUCAGAACCCAGCAAAUAUGUCAAAAUAUCAGAGCAACCCAAAGGUUAUGAAUCUCAUCAGUAAAUUGUCAGCCAAAUUUGGAGGUCAAGCAUAA